AUGUCUGCAAACGAAGAAAUUGUAAAGCCUUCCAGAUUAUCCGGUGAGGGGAUGAUUACUCCCAAGAAUCAUAAUUCGUCUACCGUAAUACAAAUUGAUGAGAAGGAUGAAAAAGAAGUUCAAGAGCUCACCAAAGAACUUGAUCCAAUUCAUGAAAAAAUUAUAAAUGAUCAAAUUCAUAUUGAAGAUGAUAAGUCAUCUUAUUGGCAAUUAUAUUCUUUCGCUACAAAACGUGAUUGGAUAUUAAUGGGAAUCGGUUUGAUUUUUGCCUUCGCUGCUGGUGCUGCUAUCCCUGCGAUAGCACCUGUGUUCGAAAAAAUGGUCGAUUAUCUUACUAAAUAUCAAAAUAAGCAAAUUACUGAAGAAGAAUUCUUGGACAACAUUAAUUAUUUUGUAUUAUUCUUCGUCUAUCUUGCUAUACUUGCCCUUGUCUCCAAUUAUUUCUUAAUGGCUUGCUGGGCCGCAACCGGAGAGAGAAUUACUCGAAAAAUCCGAGAAAAUUAUUUACAUGCGGUUUUAAGACAAAAUAUUGCUUAUUUUGAUAAACUUGGCGCUGGUGAGGUUACGACAAGAAUCACAAAUGAUACUCAUUUGAUACAAAAUGGCAUUAGUGAAAAAGUGUCCAUGUCAUUUUCUCAUUUGGCACAAUUUGUAAUAGCCUUUGCGAUAGCAUUUUCAAAAAGUUGGAAAAUGACCCUAGUGAUUUGUGGGUUGUUCCCUUUAAUUACAAUAAAUGGUAGUAUAUUUAAUAAGUUUAUUGCCAAGUAUAAAGUAAAAAUUCUAGAUUAUUGUUCCCAAGCCGCUGUUAUAGCAGAGGAAACGUUUUCCACAAUUAGAACUUCAAUUGCAUUUUCACAACAAAAAAAUCUCUCAAAAAAUUACGAUGCCAAAUUGGAAAAGGCUAAAAGUAUUGGGGUCAAAACGAGUGCUUUGAAUGGUUUGUGCCUAGGCACGAUAAAUUUUUUUGUUUAUUUAACCUAUGCCUUGGCGUUUUGGUACGGUUCAACUUUAAUUAUUAGUGGGGAGCUAACUCCUGGAACUGUAGUUAAUGUGUUCUUCUCGGUUCUGAUUGGCAGCUAUGCUCUCGGAAAUGUCAUGCCGGAUAUUGUCUCUUUCAAUACUGCACAAGUUGCCGGGAAAAAAAUUUUCGAAACGAUAAACAGGAUUCCUCCAAUCGAUAUUGAAUCGAAGGAAGGCAAUGAGUUGGAUCAAAUUGAAGGCCGGAUACAAUUAAAAAACAUUUCGUUUAUUUACCCCUCCAGACCUGAGAUAAAAACGUUAAAAAAUGUAUCAUUGGAUAUUGAACCUGGCACUACCGUCGCUCUAGUUGGUUCUUCCGGAUCCGGAAAAAGUACAAUUGUAUCUCUCAUUCUUCGUUUUUAUGAUCCCAUUGAGGGAGAGAUUUUAGUCGAUGGGCAUGAUAUCAAAGGAUUUAAUUUAAAAUGGCUUCGAAGACAAAUGAGUCUUGUAAGUCAAGAACCUGUACUCUUCAACACAUCGAUUGCGGAAAAUGUAUCUCAUGGGUUAAUAGGAUCAGCAUAUGAAAACGUUGAUCCAGAUAAGAAACACGAAAUGAUUGUACAAGCGUGUAAAAUGGCAAACGCUCAUGAUUUCAUUAUGAAAUUACCAGAUAAAUAUGAAACGAAUGUGGGUGAAAGAGGAUUUUUAUUAUCAGGAGGGCAAAAACAACGCAUUGCGAUCGCAAGAGCAAUUGUUAAAGAUCCAAAGAUAUUAUUAUUGGAUGAAGCUACGAGUGCACUUGAUACGAAAAGCGAAGGAAUCGUGCAAGACGCUUUAGAUAAAGCUUCAAAAAAUCGUACGACAGUCGUAAUAGCUCAUAGAUUAUCAACAAUUCGCAAUGCUACAAAAAUUGUUGUAAUGAGCAAUGGUGAAAUUGUUGAAACCGGUACUCAUAAUGAAUUAAUUCAAGAACAAGAGGGACCUUAUUCAAAAUUAGUCGCCGCACAAAAAAUUCAGCAACAAAAUGAAGAGAAGUCUAACAAAGAUAUUUCCGAAGAAGGAAUUGCUCUUUCAAAAGUUAUAUCGAAUAAAUCUAUUAUGUCUACUAAAUCCUCUUGUAUCGUAAAUGAGUUAAAUGACAUUGAAAAAGGGGCUAAUUUAGAUUAUCAAUAUACCACUUGGGAAUUAAUUAAAAAAGUUGCUAAAAUCAAUCGUCCUGAAUGGUAUUUGAUGAUUAUGGGAUUCUUUGCUUCGAUUGUUUCUGGCAUGACUUAUCCAUUAUUCGCUUUUAUCUAUGGAAAAGUUAUAAACUCUUUUUCAAAACCUGUGGUUGAAUUACGGGAAGAUGCAACGUUUUGUUUCUUUGAUGAAGAAAAAAAUAAUGCCGGUUCUUUGACGAGUGCAUUAUCAACAAGUGCAACAGAAAUUUCCGGACUUGCCGGUGCCACCCUUGGAAUUAUUCUUCAAAUCAUUUCCACUCUCAUAUCGGGAACUAUAGUUGCAUUGAUAAUUGGAUGGAAACUGGCGCUUAUAUCGAUGACUAUGAUACCGUUUCUAAUGUUGGGCGGUUUUUAUCGAAUUAAAAUGAUGUCGGGAUUCCAAGCAAAAACCCUAAAGGCACACGAGCGAUCCGCACAAGUUGCGUGUGAAGGAACGGCCAAUAUCCGUACGGUUGCAUCACUCACGCGAGAAAAUGAUAUAUUGAAAUUAUAUAGUCAAAUGCUGGAUGAGCCUCUGAAGGAAGGAUAUAAAAAUGCGAUUUUUGGAAGUAUGACUUUUGCUCUCACAUCCUGUACUAAUUAUCUCGUCGAAGCUAUGAUAUUUUGGUAUGGAGCUCAUUUGUUUGUAUAUGGGGAAUACAAUCUUUUCAAAUUCUUUACGGUCUUCAUGGCGGUUAUCUUUGGAGCCAUAUCAUCCGGACGUAUUUUUGCAUAUGCAACUAACAUAACACGAGCAAAAAUUUCGGCAGAAUCUUUAAUAUCAUUAAUUGAAAGUUUACCAAGUAUAGAUACAUGGUCUCAUAAUGGAAAGAAAAUUGAUGUUGCUAAAGGACACAUUAAAUUUUCAAAAGUUCAUUUUAAUUAUCCUACACGUCCUGAUGUACCCGUUCUUCGCGGUCUUAACUUAGAAAUCAAACCAGGACAAUUCGCAGCAUUAGUUGGACCAUCGGGAUGUGGUAAAAGUACUAUUAUUGGACUAACCGAAAGAUUUUAUGAUGUAUCAAGUGGAUCAGUUGAAUUAGACGGAAAUGAUUUAAAAACUUUAAAUAUUAAUAACUUGAGAGAGCAUAUUUCACUUGUUAGUCAAGAACCUUCUUUAUAUAAUAUGACUAUAAAGGAAAAUAUUAUCUUUGGGUGUAAACCGAAUCAAAAACCCACACAAGAAGAUAUUGAAAGGGUUUGUAAUGAAGCUAAUAUUCACGAGUUUAUCAUUAGUUUACCAAAUGGAUAUGAUACUCAUGUUGGCAAUAAAGGAAGUCAAUUAUCUGGAGGUCAAAAACAAAGGAUUGCGAUCGCAAGAGCACUAAUAAGAAAUCCAAAAAUUUUAUUGUUAGAUGAGGCGACAUCAGCUUUAGAUACUGAAUCAGAAAAGAUUGUACAAAAAGCUUUAGAUAAAGCGUCAGAAGGUCGAACCACAUUAGCAAUAGCACAUAGAUUAUCAACAAUUCAACAUGCCGAUAUUAUAUUCGUUAUAAAAGAUGGUAAAGUAGCUGAAGAAGGCACUCAUCAAGAAUUGUUGGCCAAAAAAGGGAUUUAUCAUAUGAUGGUACAAGAACAAAAGUAA